AUGAAGGUUGUUUAUGGAGUUGAUAUUAACUACAUGAAGAGCAGUGACAUUACAUCUUGUACCAAGACAGCAUUAGGGAGAAGAUUUGAAGAUAUUCUAACUCUUAAUGGGGCUAAGGCUUUACAGAUAAUGGUUAAGGCAGCUGCAAGUUAUCUUUACUGUGUAUAUGAAUCCGAAAGAAAAUACAUUAUCGAUAUUGAACAUGGCACGUGCAACUGUGACCGGUAUAAAAUUGAUGAAAUACCCUGUCCACACAUAAUUGCCGUAUUAAAGACUAAAAAUGUAGGAGAUUAUGGCCCUUACUACUCAAAAUUGUACAGGCCAAAAACCAUUGUUAAGACGUAUGAACUUCCGAUAGUUCCAAUACCAGAGAUGAAGGCUUGGAAUGUUCCUCAAUUUGUAGAAGAUGAAGAAGUUCUACCGCCUAAAUACAGAAGACCUCCGGGUAGGCCAAAAAAAGAAAGUCAUUUCAAAUCAAGUGAAUCACUUUCUUCAAGUUCAAACUAUUGUGGUAAAUGCGGGCGUGCAGGUCACAACCGACACACGUGCGAUUUUAUUCCAAAGAAAUCAUGA